AUGGGAAAAGAUAACCAAUUGUCUGCUAUGGAAGUUGAUGAUCCAAAAUCAACGAGUUCUGAUCAGAUAGUUCCCAAAUUCUCUAUUAAUGUACUGCAGCUCUUAAAAUCAGCACAAAUGCAGCAUGGUUUGCGCCAUGGAGAUUACACUCGCUAUCGGAGGUAUUGCACAGCUCGGUUGAGGAGGUUGUAUAAAUCCUUGAAGUUUACCCAUGGUCGUGGCAAGUAUGCGAAAAGAACCUUAACUGAGGCUAAUGUCACUGAAGUAAGGUUUCUUCAUGUGAUUCUCUAUUCGGCAGAGAGAGCAUGGAGUCAUGCCAUGGAGAAAAGGCAGCUUCCGAACGGACCAAAUGCGUCUCAACGUAUCUAUCUGAUUGGUAGGCUGCGGAAGGCAGUAAAGUGGGCUACUCUGUUUUCACAAUUGUGUGCUGUAAAGGCAGAUUCUAGAACAUCUUUGGAAGCUGAGGCCUACGAGUCCUAUAUGAAGGGGAGUUUGUUGUUUGAGCAAGACCAGAACUGGGAUGUGGCUUUAAAACACUUCAAAAGUGCUAGGGCUGUAUACGAAGAAUUAGGGAAAUAUGGAGAUCUGGAUAACCAAGUUUUGUGUCGUGAGCGGGUGGAGGAACUAGAACCUAGUAUCAGAUACUGCCUUCACAAAAUUGGCCAGUCAAAUCUACAAACCUCUGAACUAUUAAACAUUGGUGAUAUGGAAGGUCCUGCAUUAGACCUUUUUAAAGCUAAACUAGAGGCUGCCAUGGCUGAGGCAAGAUCUCAACAAGCUGCUUCCAUGACAGAAUUUCAUUGGCUUGGCCAUAGAUUUCCAAUAUCAAAUGCCAAAACAAGGGUUGCCAUUUUGAAAGCCCAGGAGCUGGAGAAAGAUAUACAUGGUCCCUUGGCAGAAAAUAUUUCCGCAGACAAAAGACUGGUUAUUUUUGACAAAAUCUUUUCCGCAUACCAUGAUGCUAGAGGCUAUAUUCGAGCUGAUUUGGCCACUGCAGGAAGUGCAGAAAGUGUGAAAGAUGAUUUGAAUGGUCUUGAUAAGGCUGUCAGCGCUGUCUUAGGAGAAAGAACCAUUGAGCGCAACCUCUUGUUGGUCAAGAUUGCAAAAAGUAAACUUGCAAAGCGUAAUGAUGAUAAAAAUGAAAAAGUCACCAAACCUGAAGAGCUUGUCCGCUUAUAUGAUCUCUUGCUACAGAACAUAUCUGAUCUAUCUGAUUUAGUCAGUUCUGGAAGGGACCAAAAGCCAGAAGAAGUUAGCUUUGCUGAAGAGUGUUCAUUCAAAAGUUUGGCUUUCCGAGCAGAAAGGUGCUUUUAUGUUGCAAAGUCAUACAGUGUGGCUGGGAAGAGGGCCGAAGCAUAUGCUUUGUACUGCCGUGCUCGCAAUUUAGCUGAAGAUGCCUUAAGAAAGAGUCAAACAUUAGAUGGCAGUAAUAAGACUGUGCUGAAAGAAUUAGAGGUCUUGUGCAAUGAAGCCCGCUCCAACAGUUGUAUAGAACAUGCAUUAGGGAUCAUGGAGGAGAAGAGGACUCAAGAAAAUAUCUCCGAAGGAAUCUCAAAUAUAUCAUUGACCGGAGCUGAGCGGUCGGAGAAGUUCCUAUUAGAGAAACUUGAUGUAUAUGAGUCUGCUGUGGGCGAUCCAAAUGUGAAAUCUGCACCCCGCAUUGCACCCUUCCCCCCAGCUUUCCAGGCAAUUGCCCGUAACCCUAUUGUGCUGGACCUGGCGUAUAACACUAUCGAAUUCCCUGAUAUUGAACACAGGUUGAAGAAGGACAAAAGAGCAAAGGGCGGCUUUAUAAGUAGAAUAUUUGGAUGA